AAGCGUGGUUUCGCCUAUAACGACGCCCAUCUCGUCGACAACUUUUACCACGGAAGAAGCAGCGGCUCCAAGUUUGGAUGGGCCUGGAACUGGGACUCGAACGAUAACGGCCUCUCCCAGUCUCUCGAAUUCGUCCCCACUCUCUGGGGCCCCAUCGACAUCCAUACCAGCCGCUGGAAGGACAACGUCGAGAGCAUGAUCGAAAGCGGGUCUACCCACGUCUUUUCCUUCAACGAGUGCGAUAUCGCGUCCCAGUGCAACAUGGAUGCCGCCUCUGCCGCCGAUGCCCACGUCAAGUGGAUGAACCCUUACGCCGGUCGGGUCAAGAUUGGUUCCCCUUCGGUCUCGAACAGCAAUAUCGGUGGCCAGGGCCUCGAUUGGCUCCAGGCUUGGGUUGACUCCUGCGAGUCGAAAGGUUGCGUCUUUGACUUCUGCAACGUCCACUGGUACUCUCCUAUCGAGGCCACCGAAACCCUCUUCGACCACAUCAAGGAGGCGGCCCGUAUCUGUGGCAAGCCCGUCUGGUUGACCGAGUUUGCUCCCCUAAGCAAUGACGAUGUCGCUGUGUCCGCCUGGUUGGAGGAGACUCUUCCCCGGCUGGACGACCUCGCGGAGCUGGAGCGCUACUCGUACUUUAUGGUCAGCAACGGAAAGCUCAUCAACGGCGACCAUCUCACCAGUGCUGGUGAGGCCUAUGCC